CGAUAACACGUUGGCGGCGCGUGUGUCACCGGUGCUGUUUGCGUUAUUACUAACAACCUGCGGUAACGGUCUCGCUCUCGGUGAUGGUGGUGUAACGGUGAAACGGUGUCGUAAACGAAAGAACCUCUAGAGAGAAGACUCGGGCCCCCAACAAUCUUCGCGAUGAAAAAGUCUACGCGCCAAACACGAAUGUCACGAUACGUAGGCAAGCACUCUCCGAAAAUUGCCUCCUUCGAAGAGAUCCCCACGAACAACAACAACAACAACAACAAUGAACACAAGAUCAACAGCAAUAAUGGUGCCAGCAAAAGGAAGAUCUCGCUGGUCGACAACUCCCCAGCCGGUGUUCGGGAGGAAGAGGGAUCGUCCUCGGCCGAGCUGUCGAUCGGCGAGUUACCAUCGUAUAUUGUGGAGAAGGCGUCGAUGUCUUACAACGGUGCCGAAACGUCGUCCGGUGACGGCGAAGACGACGGUGAAGAUGAUAAGACGGCGGUGAAGAGGCAACUGAUAAGUGAGGCCGCCGGAGCGGAUUCAGCCAACAGUAGCAGCAGCAGCAGCAGCCACAACAGCAAACCGUCGAAGCGCGGCCGGAAGCGCAAGGAGCGAAAGCAGUACCAAUGCGCGGUGUGCCAAAAGGACUUCAUGGGCACGAACGAUCUCCGGAAGCACCUGCGAAUUCACAACAACGAGCGCCCCUACCCAUGUCCGCAUUGCAACAACCGGUUCCGGCAGGCGGGCUGCCUGAAGAACCACAUCGCUUCCCAGCAUGGCACGGACGAGCAGUACACGUGCGAUUUGUGCGGCAAAUCGUUCCCAAUAAAGGAACGACUGCGGCUCCACAUGCGGAUACAUACCGGCGAGAAACCGUACAGUUGUCCGUUGUGCGCGAAAACCUUCGCCCGUGGAGGACAGCUGACACAACAUUUGGCGACGCACAACGGGGUAAAGAAGCACAAAUGCGACCAGUGUACGGCGGCCUUCUCGUGCGCGGCCAAUCUGAAGAUGCACCUGAAGAGCCACAUGGAAAUUCGCGAUUACACGUGCCACAUCUGUGGCCGGGGCUUUUAUCGGCCGGACGCACUGAAAAAGCACCUCCUCUGCUACCACGCGAACCUGAAAGCGUUCCACUGCAACAUUUGCAAUAAAAUGUUCAAGGGACAUUUGCCACAGCACAUGCGAACCCACCUAAAGGUACGACCGCACGGAUGUGCCGUUUGUGGGUCCGUUUUCUCGCAGCGUUCGCAGCUGAUCGUGCACCAGCGCAUUCACAGCGGCGAACGGCCUUACCGCUGUCAGGUCUGCUGGCAAGCGUUCGCGCACUCGAGCGUCCUGAAGCUGCACAUUCGGAAGCAUACGGGCGAGAAACCGUUCGAGUGUCCGCUCUGCCCGUCGAGCUUUUCCCAGCUGCCGCAUCUGAAGAAACACAUGCUGUCUAUCCACCAGCAGGACAAAUCCUACCUCUGCCAGAAGUGCAAAGAGUUCUUCAAAACCAAGAUGGAUUACCAAUUGCACGUCACGGCAUGCUACAAUGAUCCCGCAGCGGUGAAAAAUUUGGACAAUCUGAUGGAUCCAAUGUACCGCCCGACGGAGAACAAUGGUAUCGAUCCGCCGAUGACCAUCUCUCGUAUGCGUUUUUUGGUCGCCAUUUUGCUCAAGAAGAUCUCCACGGACGAUCGGUUGAAGGAGCUGGGAUUCGACAAGCGGCUUAUCGAUAACGUUUUAAUCGACUCCCUGAAGUGCGCUGGCCGAAAAGUGGUGGAUGAUAAAACAUACGACGCGCUGGAACGCUUGAAACUGAACGUGCAGGAGCUGCUGGAGUGGACGGUACCACCGGCCUACAUGGAGGGCUUCCGUAGCGCUAACCGUAGCACUGAAGAGCUGCUCGAGGAUCUGACCAACUGAAACAGUGGCACAUGUAUUGUUGGGGGACAGGAUCUUACAGUUGAUGGUCCCUAAAAAUGCUGCACACUAACAUCAUUUCCUCUCUUUCAAUGCUCUUUUUCGCAUUUCCUAUUUUCUUUAAUCUAACUCAUUAUUUUGUUGUUAUAAGAAGGUGCGCUUUAAUCGGUUACGAUUCUUUGGUGGAGGUUUAACUGGAUUAGAUUAUUAUUGGUCUUCGUUUUUGCUCAUUUCCCCUUGAUGAUCACGAAUGCUAGUUGAGGUAACAGCACCAAAAAUCAUGUUUGCCAAAACCUGGAAGGGAAAACACACAAUUUGUUCCUUCGUACCUUCCGAGAACGCACAAAACCAAAAGAUGUCGGAGACGCGGCAACCAUAUAGCGUGCAAUUCACUAGCGCACGAAAACUAUGCCAUACCAAAGUUAGCUUCGUGUUGCCAUAUUUUUUUUAUUUUUUUUAUCGUAGUUUAGUUAAGAAUUAUGAAAACGGUUACUGAAUUAAAGAGUUAAAACUCCUAUGUCUGAUCGUGAAAUUCAAAGUGAACUGGAAGAGAAUACAGCAUAUCUGCCUUAGCACAACUUUGUACACGUAGCCUAAUUUUGCCACAAUAAUAUCGCCAUUGUUGUCCCUAGUCUGUAUAUUACAAACCCAAUAUUUGCGUAAUUAAUCUUAUGCACAUUUGUCUAGUAUUUAGGCAUAUGUGUUUAAGCUUCUAUUGUUCUUGCUAACUGUUUGGGCGCACAUUAGUUGUGGAUUAUUUGUAUUUAUUAUUCCAAUUGAUUAAACGGAAACGAUCAGCUGAAUACCAAAAAGUUACAAAAAUCCAAAACUCUGGAUAAGAAACAUCAAGCCAUGGUUCAUUUGUGAUUAGACUUUAAAUCACAACGUUUAACCUUCAAAGGCCAUGAUACCAGUUUACUUUGCAUUAAACAGUAAAAACAUGGGUACGGAACAGUGUCCUUGCAAAAAUAAAACACAGCCCAGUGGAAGUAGUAGAGUAGUACAGUAGAUGUCGCGAUGCGCGAGGUAGUGGAAGACUUCGUAUCGAGUAGAGUUCUAUUGGCAUUCGUCUAUACAGGGGGAGCAAAAAGGAAACGUUCGAGAAUAGAUAUAGCGCAUUUCCGUUCAGAAAAUGGGCUACUAAAAUGGAUCGUUUUCCGAUAAACGGAUACUCACGUAGACGGUACAACGGUAGUUCAUCACUUGUCUUGUGAUUAUCGUCUCUCUAUGUAACCAAAUAUCGCCGGGUGACCGUUUCAAUCGAUCGUUCGCGUCAGCCAAAAUCGAGGUGGUUUCGCAUCCACGAAAAUAGUUUAGUAAAUUUGUAUUUGUUU